AUGGUUAGCCUCUUCAACGAGGAACCGACCACACCAACACAUAAGCCCAAUCGCAAGCGUAAUCGCACUAUGCCCGCACCUGAGUGUCACUCCAAGAACCUCCUGCAGCACAACGGACCUAUUGAGACCUACCGCGGUCCCGAAGUUGACAAUUCCUACGUCAACUACGGUUUCGAGAGCGAUAUGCACCGUCGCGGUCAGUAUCACGGUAUGGGCGGCUAUGUUGCCCCAGCUCAAGCUCCGAUGAACAACGGCAGCUCUGUGAGUUAUACCCCCACAUAUGACAGCGAUUACGCCGAGAGCGAUCGCGAGGACCACCCCCCAUCCAAGAUCCCAAAGAUCAACAAGGAUGGCGCUCCCCGCAAGCCACGCCAGCCUCGUCCCAAGCUACUCAAGUGGAGUGACAACGAUUGGAAGAAUGUAGUCCUCGGCAUCGUCUGGGCCUGUGGUGAGACUGGUGUUCAGAUCCCGUUCGACCAGGCUGGCCAGGUUGUCGGCGAGAGCUGUACUGCUGGCGCACUUCAGCAGGCCAUCUUGAAGUUGCGCGGCAAACAGAUCGCAGAGGGCUACCAAAUUCCAUCGUUGAGGAUGGCGUGGACGCGCAAAAACAAACGUUCAUCUUCCUUGUCGUCCACUGCUAACACCAACUCUCAGCCAAACGCUGGUCAGGACCCACUGACUCCCUCCCAUCCGUCCUUGAUCGUGAAGCUAAAGGUUCCAGUCUCCAAAUCUGUCGGCGUCAAGCACUCUCCAGGCUUCAACAAGGCCGGUGCUGAUACUGUCCGCGAGGAGUCCAAGGAGAAGGUCCAAGUUCUCAACCAGGCACAAGACCAGAAGCCCGUCGUGGUUGAUGGCGACGUCUUCAACAUUGACUCCCACCGUGCUCAAGACAAGGUUGGCCACGCAGACGUCAAGACCAUCGGUGUCAGCGGUCCCAAGUCCGCUCCCGACAGCUCCAGGGGUUAUUAUCCCGACACUGUCGCCCAACGCAGGCCUACCCUUUACCGCAACGAUGCCCAGACCCACCUUGACGUCAACAACUUCGUGGAUGAUACUCAGGUGUAUGACUCUGAUGCAGACGGCCGCAGCAGGGAGAUGGAGUCCGUUGAGCUGGACCCGUUCGAGUUUGUCGACGUGGACAACGAGGCUCUUCUUAGACACCCACGCCGUGCGUUCAUCCCCGAGAUGUCCCCUCUGUCGGGCCAUGCUUACGAGAGUCCUUAUAGUUUCCAAGUGGAAGAGGGUCAAGAUGUUAGUGGCCACUCGCCUGUGUGGCACGGGUCGGGACAGCGAGGAGCCCAAGGUUUCCUUGGCUUGGCUUGCUCGCCGCAAGCUGGGCUACCGCCGCUAGAGGCCGGUCAUAUCCCUGAUUCGUUUCCUCACGACGUUUUCGCGAACUGCGGUUUCACUCAGGGUUCAUACGUCGACGUACCCAUGGCCGAGGCUUAUGAUGGCUAUGGUUUCAACGCGGGACAUUUCAACUAA